AUGACAGGAUCAGAUACGUACAAGCUAUUUGUUCUAAGACAUGGUCAAAGCGAGCUGAACCAUGAAAACAUCUUCUGCGGUUGGAUCGAUGCUGGCCUCACAGAAAAAGGUAAAGCGCAAGCCAAGAAUGCAGCGGCGCUAAUAAAAGUCCACUGCAUGGCGAAUUCCCUUGAGCCACCUAAGAUCGGAUAUACUUCAAGGCUGGUUAGGACACAGCAAACGAUCGAAGUAAUGCUUGAAGAGCUCAACAUCAAACCCAACUACAGGGUUGUAACAAAGUCGACCAAUGUUGACAAAAUUUUGAGGGAGGAAUGGAGUCGUGAAGAGGCUUUGGUUUUGCAGACGUGGAGAUUGAACGAGCGUCAUUAUGGGGCCUGGCAGGGCCAAAGAAAACCCACCAUCUUGCAGGAAUACGGCAAAGAACAAUAUAUGUUUAUCAGAAGAGACUACAACGGUAGGCCCCCUGCUGCGGACUUGAGCAGGGAAAUGGUCCAGGAGGUCGAUGACAAGGGCUCCUUGACAGGUUACGACUUUAAGGAACCUAACAGAAGAGUUAAGUACAAUCUUGAAGAACAUUCUGGCGAAACGCUUCCAAACAACGAGUCUCUCAGUGAUGUGGUUGAGCGGCUCGAUGGCUUCUUAAACCAGAUCAUUUUGAAAAAUCUGGACUACUGCUCGUCAGGGCUCGUUGUGGCUCACGGAAGUUCAGUUCGCUCAAUACUGAAAAUCAUCGAGGGAAUCUCCGACACUGACAUUAAAGAUGUGGAAAUCCCUAACGCAAUCCCUCUUGUAAUCGAAUUGGACAGGCACACCAAGAUGUUUGUACGCAAGUAUUAUCUGGAUCCCGAACUCGCCAAGAUCAACGCAGAAAAGGUCCGCAACGAGGGGUUUGAAAAGCGUGACUAA